AUGCGCCAGCCGUGCUCCCUCAUGGCAAAGAAGGCCAAUGGUGAAGAAGACAGGUGGAAUAACUUGAGGGAUCUUGAUGUUGAUGGCAGGCUUGUGGGAGAUGCCAAGCUGAUAACACCCACACUAGACUUCAUUGGAGUCUGCUGGGAACUCGUUACACACUUCCCUUUCUUCCAACUUGUGAAGUUACGGAAGCUUGGACUUAGUGAUAAUGAAAUCCAGCGGCUCCCUCCAGAAAUAGCAAAUUUCAUGCAGCUGGUGGAGCUUGAUUUGUCUCGAAAUGAUAUUCCUGAAAUACCAGAAAGCAUCUCAUUCUGCAGAGCGCUACAGGUAGCAGAUUUCAGUGGGAAUCCACUGACUAGGUUGCCUGAAAGCUUUCCUGAAUUACAGAAUCUAACGUGUCUUUCAGUAAAUGACAUUUCUCUGCAAGCACUACCUGAAAACAUUGGGAAUCUUUAUAACCUGGCUUCACUGGAACUUAGAGAAAAUUUGCUGACAUAUUUACCUGAAUCACUUGCCCAGCUGCAGCGACUAGAAGAACUUGAUUUAGGAAACAAUGAACUUUAUCACUUGCCAGAAACAAUUGGUGCACUUUUCAAUCUUAAAGACCUCUGGUUGGAUGGAAACCAAUUAGCCGAAAUACCUCAGGAAGUAGGAAACCUGAAGAACCUGCUUUGUCUGGAUGUUUCUGAAAAUAAAUUGGAAUGCCUUCCUGAAGAAAUUAGUGGUCUGACUUCUUUAACAGACUUGCUUGUUUCUCAGAAUUUACUUCAGGUCUUACCUGAUGGCAUUGGCAAAUUGAGGAGGCUCUCCAUUUUGAAGGUUGAUCAGAACAAACUUAUUCAACUAACAGAUUCAAUUGGAGACUGCGAAAGCCUUACUGAAUUAGUUCUAACAGAAAACCAACUGCAGUCAUUGCCGAAGAGCAUUGGAAAACUAAAGAAGCUGAACAAUUUGAAUGCCGAUAGAAACAAAUUAACAUCUUUGCCCAAAGAGAUUGGGGGGUGCUGCAGUCUUAACGUCUUUUCUGUACGUGACAACAGAUUAUCUCGAAUUCCCUCUGAAAUUUCACAAGCCGCUGAACUUCAUGUCCUGGAUGUUGCUGGAAACAGGUUGACGUAUCUUCCCCUCUCACUGACUACCUUAAAGCUGAAAGCUUUGUGGUUGUCCGAUAACCAGUCCCAACCUUUGCUGACGUUUCAGACUGACACAGACCCUGAAACAGGAGAGAAGAUUUUAACAUGUGUAUUACUUCCUCAAAUGCCUUCUGAGCCUGGUUGCCAAGAUAACCUACCACGAUGUGGUGCACUGGAGAGUUUGGUAAAUGAAAUGUCAGAUGAAACAUGGAACGAGCGGGCAGUGAACAGAGUCAGUGCAAUUCGCUUCUUAGAAGAUGAAAAAGAUGAAGACGAUAAUGAAAUGAGAACACUUCUAAGGCGAGCCACUCCACACCCUGGAGAAUUAAAGAACAUGAAAAAGACAGUGGAGAAUUUACGGAAUGAUAUGAAUGCUGCUAAAGGACUGGAUUCAAACAAAAACGAGGUCAAUAAUGCCAUUGACAGAGUGACCACUUCUGUGUAGAGUUUCAUCUCCAGGUUUUACCUCCUGUGUCUUCCCCUGCUGUUGAAACGUUCCUGUCGUCUUCUGGGACCUCACUGAGCCCCUUUUUGUUUUUAACCAGAACCUGAUUCAUCAUCUUCAUGUAUGUGAAAAGUGCUGCCCACUGGAAGAAAGUGCCUUAUUUCAUCCAGGCAGUGAACCAAGAAUUUCCAAAUCAAUAUUGUAAUUUUAAUAGUGCUAGGCUUUUUUAAGUAUAAUACACUACUGUAUGCAGAAUACAAUAUUUUUGUCUUAAACACAGGGGGAAUAAUGCUUUUCUUUUCCAGAGUGCUGGGGUAUCUUUUUCCCAGUGGCUGGAUGUGCUGGUGAGAAAUAUAGUUUUGUGGAAAAUUGAUACACUUUUUUAUUUUUUUGGCAGCUCAGAUGGUGUAAAUUUUAAAUUUUUGUAUAGGACUUUCAUAACAAAAUGAUGUAUUUCAUUUUUAAGAGAAAAAUUAUCUUGAGCGGUACAUAUUUUAGUAUUUGUGGAAGAGAACGAUUUCGUGGACAACUGUAUUCAUUUGUUUGUACCACCCAUUGUGCCUUAUUGUGUCCUGUAUGUCAUAUUAGUCUUAAAUAUAACAAUUCUUGAGGAAAGUGAGUAGAUUGAAACUUGGUCUCCUGUUUUAGAUAUGUUUUUCUUUUCAAACAUUAAUUUGUUGGGAUUUUUACAACAGAGAACUUAUGUUUAUAUCAUGGGAUUUUAGGUCGUGAAGCACAAAUGUUAGUUUUGUUGUAAGCAGAAUUAAGAUUAAAAUGACCAAACUGCUAUUGUUUAUUACAUAAUGCACUCACACUUUAACUUAGUUGUAAUGAAACAUCUUGGUUUGGAUGCUGUGUUGCAUUGCAGUCACUAGAAAUUCAUGCUUCCGUUCUUUUUUUUUUUUUUUAAAUGUGCCAUCUGUAAAAUAACUUGAAAAACAGCACGAUAGACUUUCAGAAGCACAGUAUGAAACUAGUUUUAUGUAUUACACAAGAAAGCAUGAUUCUUUAAAGUGCUUUGGUGGUUUUAUAUAAAUAUAUAAAACCAUAAUAAAAAAAUAAUCUUUAAAAGCUUCA